CUUUCUCUGAGCCGAGUCUAAUUCCUUGGCAUCUUUUUGCUUCUGUUUCGCCUCUUGCAUUUUAUCCCAGACUUCAUCAUACUCGUACACCGAAGCGUCGACCCGUUUCUCUGCAUCCAUGCGUCUCUUCAUCACUUUAGAUGUGAGCAUGUUCUGAGUCAGUAGUUUCUUAUUCGCAGCUGUGGUCUUGUCUGCGGACGACGUCGGUGCCGCAUCGACAGGUUCAUCGUCGUCGAGAGAAGCAAAGACAGCGGGUCGCUUGAGAGAGGGAGCAGACUCUGCAGCCUUGUUUGUCUUUGCAAGGGAGAAGGAGAGUUUCGACAUCGUGGGCGAAGACAGCCAGCCAGCCGACGGCACACCGGAGUUCCAACCGAUCUUGGCGAGCACCACCUUUGUUCAUGGCUCAGUCUGGCUUCGACCGAAGACGAAUCAAUGGCCCGGAGGAGAGCUUUCCUCCAAUAUACGGCGACGACGACAUUGAGAACUCUGUAUGGAAGUUAGGAAUGACAAGAAAAGGCAGAAAUCCAAACGACAUCCGGCCAAUCUUUCUCCAACCAGGUCUGAUAACACAAGCAAAUGGGUCUGCAUAUAUCGAAACUGACAAAACAAAAGUUGCCUGCGCUAUUUACGGUCCCCGGCAGUCGAAAAACGCCACAUACAACGAGAACGGCCGAUUGAACGUUGAAGUGAAAUUUGCUCCGUACUCGUGCGAGCAGAGGAAAGCGCCGAUGCGCGAUGCGGAAGAUCGUUCGUUGGCUGUUGCUAUACACCAAGCUCUUUUGCCUUCAGUGCGCCUGGAGCUGCUGCCAAAGUCGACAAUCGACGUUUUCAUUGUCAUAAUUGAAUCGGACGGUAUAGAAGGAUGCAUUGCCUCCGGCUCAGUUGCAGCUAGUACUGCUUUGGCUGAUGCUGGAAUUGAAAUGUUUGGACUCGCUGUGGCUUGCUCGGCGGCCCUCGUUGGAGAAGAAAUUUGGUUAGACCCGACUGCGCACGAAGUUCAGGCAUCUACUGGAUCUCUGAUCCUUUCAACGAUGCCGGCCUUAGGAUUAGUCACAAGUGUCUGGCAGAAUGGCCAAAUGCGACCUGAGCAAGUUCUCAAGUGCCUGGACCUUUGCCAAGAACGAUGCACCGAAAUUCAUUCCAUCGUGGCACAGGCAUUGUUGGAUAACGUUCGCUUGAGUUAAGCAGUCGUCAUAAACAAACAAAAAGUACCCUGCUGU